UACUCUCUCUGUCUGCCUCUCUGUGUGUCUCUCUGUGUGUCUCUCUGUGUGUGUGUGUCUCUCUCUCUCACAUAAUAUAGUUGUAUAUUGUAGGAUGAGCAACUGUACCAUUCGGUUGGCAACUCUGAGGGACUAUGAAAAUGUGUUAUCUAUUGGCGAAGUAUACAAUGGAGUGGAUUAUCUCCCUUGUAAAUAUACUGAGUUCUUGGAAGACGACAACUACAUGAACUUCCUAUGUAUUGUAGAUGGGGAAGUGAUUGGCUUCCUGUGUGGAGCAUUGAUUGACAACCGUGAAGCAUUUGUGCUGAGAGCUGGAAGGGUCAAGGACGCCUAUCAGGGUCAAGGUUACUACAAGGCCCUGAGAAGUCAUCUAUACCAAACAAUGUCGACAAUCAAAUCAGUGAAAUAUGAAAAAUUGGUUGUGUUCAAAGCAAUUGCUGAGAAGCUGCUACAACCAGAUAGUGGCUUUGAACACAUAGCUAUGCAGAAGGUUUAUACCUAUGCGAUACCAGAAAGUGUUGUCGAGGAGGCAUCAUCUGACCUCCAACCUUUGAACCAGAAAGACCUUCACCGCCUGCUCUCUGACCCGGAAACGCGUGACAUCUUGUUUCCGGGAGGAAUCCUGUAUGUGCACAGAAUGCCAUAUAAACUAACCGAAGGCAACUUUGCCAGUAUUUUUAACAAAAGAACUGUCUUGUUCGGCAGUCCAUCCCGUAACAACAAAUAUAAGCUUGUGACGACUGGACAUUACUUCAAUGUUAAGUUAGGCUUUCGUUACAUUUUAGACAUAUACGGAUCGUCACCAGAAGACUUCACGCACCAUUUCAAGGCUCAUUUGGCACUCAUUCGGAAUUUACACAAAGGAAAGAUAACAGUUACUAUCUUUACCCCACAGACGUUCCCUGUCGCCGUUAUUGACGAUAUCCUGACUCGCGUCGGGGCUAUUUUCCAAGAGUCGUUUCUCUCAGAAGAACAUUCAUUUAGAAGAUGUGUCUCAGAAUAACUUCAUCCCCAUUCUAUAGUUGGUUGGUUUAUUGUUUAACGCCGCACUCAGCAAUAUUCCAGCAACAUGACGGCGGUCUGUAAAUAAUCGAGUCCAGACCAGCCAAUCCAGUGAUUGAUAUCAUGAACAUCAAUACACGCAAUUGGGAUCGACAUGCAUAAACCACGUCAGCGAUCCAGACCACCCGAUCCCGUUAGUCGCCUUUUUACGACUUGCAACAAACAAACAAACAAAGAUCAUACAUAUUUUAAAGUAAUUAUUUUGAAAGACAUGUCAAAACAAUAUAAAUCUAAUGUUGAUACCUCACAUACUUGAACUGUUCAUAUGAAAUAGGUAAUCACAUUCCAACAGAACAAUUUAUUGCAAUGCAGCUGAGUUUUGAGUAGACAAUGAAUGCCAUUGUUUUGGAAAUAUAUUUUCGUGGUGUACAUGGAAACAUAACACAGCAAGUUUGGAGAAGCAAUGUCACUCACCAAACUCACUCACUCACUCACGGAUUCGUUGGAAGAGAAGGGAUGAACCUACAUAUUGCUGUUCUAAGUUUCACAUUCACGAAAACCCAUUAUAAUGACUGUAUAGCGACAAUAAUAUAAUGAAUCCAAUUUUCUAAAAUGUUUCUGUUGUAACUGCAGUACUGUUCAACUUUCAAAGUCAACCAGUUGAAUUCCAAUCUGCAUGAAAAAUAAAUAAUGGAGAUCUAGUCGAGUCGUAUUUUGUAUAAAACUCCUGACCAGAACUCUUUGAAAUAAUAUUAAAAAUGUAUUUAC